AUGUUCCUAGCUAUUUUACUGUCUUCAGAGGUCAGCAUAUUGUGAAGUAAUUCCUUGUUUGACAUAGUUAUUUUAGACAACUCAAUGAUAAGUGUACUCUUUCGCUAUUCAAAAAACAAACGUCUUUCGUAGGCAGAUCUUCAUUUCUUCUUUUCGUUUCAUUGGUAGAUAUAGUGCUACUAUAUCAUCCCCCAUCGAAAUCCACUUGCCAGUGUGAUGAAUAAUAGAUAUAAUUUGUUAGUUGGGUUUUUUUUUCAGUGCAAAAUUUUUUUAUCAAUUUAAAUAGGAGUUGCAUAUUUGUUUCUGACUUUUCAUUCAUUCCUUUAUAGACGUCCGUUCCAGUAUCAGCCGUACCUCCAUUGCUAAACAAAUUAUUAAAAGAUCAAAAUGUUACGUUGGGUUUCAUCUUAAAAGGUCUUCAAGGACCUCCUGGACGAGAUGGAAUCUCUGGGAUGUCUGGACCUCCAGGUUUACAAGGUCCGCCUGGUGAGCACGGUGAUCCAGGUGUUCCGGGUAUGCCUGGUGAAGCAGGAAUGUCCGGACCUCCGGGUCUUCAAGGUCCUUCUGGUCUUGAUGGUCAGCCUGGAUCCCCAGGUUUACCUGGUCCCCCUGGUUUGAUUGGAGGAAGUGGUAUGGCAGGUCCUCCCGGUUCGCCGGGUUUCCAAGGACCGCCUGGUAUGCCUGGACCUACACCUAUCAGAUACGUAAGUAUAAUGACAAUGCUUAUUAACAUACACAGACCGACUUGGAAAAAGUGAUAUUUCGAGAUCCUAUAUAGAUCCUAAGAAACAUUGAGGAACAUCUUCAAGUUUUCACACAUAUUUAUGUGAGAGUCUUAAGAAAUCAUUUUAUCAUACUUCCUUCUCAUCUGUCAUUUGAGACAUGUAACAUAAAUGCAGUGAAGUAUACUUUGUUGUUGGUUACAUGAUGACGUGUUGUGUACGGUCAAAUUUUCCAUUGCUUUUACGCAUUUUUUAUGAACAUUUGAAAAAGGCAAAUUCAGGGUCAGAGGAACACUUUUUCUAGAUCUGAAUAUAGAGAUAAAUAUCCUAUUUCCAUACCUAUAUAAGUAACUGAAACUGACUGAGUAAUUGUCAUUGAUAAAUAAACAUUGGCACAAACAUUGGGUCAUCAGAAACUGUCAAAUGGUCAUCAGAAACUGUCAAAUGUUGUUUUAUGUCCAGUAUUAUUGGAAGUAUCUUAAAUAUAUCACAGUUCAAUAACUCUCGGAAUUUGGGGGAUAUUUACACUCGUCAUUAUAAACUUCGGGACAUUUCAAGUGUGCUUUGUUUACCACAAUCUCGUUGUAAUAAUAUAAAAAAUAGUUCUAUGAAUGACUGUACUCAAUCAUUCACGUGAUAUUUGAGCAUAAUUUGACUCAAGUGGGGGUCAACCAUUGAACUGAGGUCAACUGAAACAACAAAGAAACAAAAUGGCUGUCAACGCAUCUUAUGUAAAUGAUUCUCCGACUAUUAUAAAAACCAAUAUAAACAAUAUAAAAACGACUUUUAUAUUGUUAACAAUAUAAAAGCCAUCCUUGACACAGACCGUUGUCCCCCAUGUGACGUCAUUUUCAACCCAAGAAUAUCCAAUUAUAAGGAUGAUCAUACAUAGCAGAACUGACUGCAUGUUCAUUUACUGCAUAUCGUUUGACAUCUUUCUGAUUUUUUAGAACGGAACAGUGAAAUGUGAGGAAGAUACUGCGUGGCUAAGGUGUAAUGAAUACAAACACAUCAGCAUCAUUUCAGCCUUCUGGGGACGACGAAACUUUGGUCUAUGCACAGAACACACUGGCAGCUUGUUGACGGACAAAUAUUGUCCAACCAUGCCCAAAUUUCUCACGAAGGUGAAAGAUGCUUGCGAAGGUACCACGAUGUGUGAAGUUAGAGCUACGAAAUCGUUCUUUGGUGAUACAACGUGCUAUGAUGUGUACAAGUAUUUAGAAGUCUAUUACAAAUGUAUCGAAGUUAUCAACGGUCACGAGGUCGUGAAUGAGGACAAUCUACUCAACGCCAACUUCUUGGGUUAGACUUCCAAAACUCAUCCUGUUUGUCCUUAUAAUAUAUUUAUACUCUACUGAAUUGUAUUCAGUAUACGGCGAGCAAACAGGUUUUUCCUGUAUGAAAACAGGUAUUUCCUGUAUAACACAGCGCAGCACUACUUCUCGAGUUUUUAAGCGAGCACAAAUUCACAGCCAUGAAACUACGUUGCUUUUGCAAUUGUGCCUAUCCCAGACCCUUUGGAGUAGACAUUAUUUGCAAACAAACGUUACAAUACUAUAAAAUAUCCAUUAGACAGUCUGUUUUUGUUAAAUAACCUGACAUUUCUACGAACUAUGAUGUAAUUUAAAAACUGUACCAUACAUAGACAUUGACAGUGAUCUGUAUUUCAUGUAAAUAACAUGGUUUAAUAGUAAACAUGCAUUAUACACUAACCGGCUUACUGUUGUAUAAUCAUAUUGUGUAGAGUAAUCUAACGUUUGACUAAAUUUAUAUAGUCCAAAUAAUUAUACAAUUCAAUGCACUUGUUUUAUUGUUUGAAAUAGAAAAUCUUGAUUACAUUUUCGUGCAAUGUCUUAUAAACUUAUUUUGAUAAUUCAUAAAGAAAAUAGCCAACCACAUUGCUUGAUUUUGGUCACAUGAUGAUACUGGUUACCUGGCAAAUAUACUUAAUCCAGGACUUUACGAAAUUCCAAUUCUGUCGCAUGACUGAAAAAUGAUAAUAGCAUACCAUUUCAAAACUUCAAGUUAGGAUUGGAUCGAACUUCAAGUACUCAUAGUUGAUUGCAGUCUUUGGCGAUGAAUACUUGGAAUCCAAUCCAGACCUCAUUUUUUAUUUCAAAUUUUAAAGCUUGUUAAAUCCCAGUAACAAUUGUUUCAUUUCUAAAAUAAAAUAUUCCUUUC